CAGUGUGAUUCCAGCUGAGUGGGUGAAAAGGAAGAGAGCGAGGGAGACAGAGAGAGGGAGAGCAAAAGAGAGAUAGAAAGAGAGCCAGUCUUUGUACCUCACUCCAAGCUGCUCCAGCAGCCCGGGCCGAUAUUCUUGGCUUGGAUGCAGCACUCAUGACAGGAUUAGGAGCCUGGGACACUGGACCAACUGCAGAUCCGCAGGUUCUAGUUGACCAACCCGGGCCAGAUUCUCACCCUGCACGGCUCUGACCGGCCUCCUGUGUCCCUCCAACAUUAUUUGUGACAGAGAACCCUCCUCACCUCCCCCGCCAUGCAUCUCCUUACCGCAGUUCUCCUCCUGCUGCUCCUUGGGUCAGCUGAACCUCGGAGAGUCCCGGGGUCAAAGGCCACAGAGAGGGGUGCCGGGGGUCGUGUGCGAGGCAGAGGAAGGGCCGGCGUCAUGAGGCGUCAAACUCAGGAAUGCAAGGAGUACAUGGAGGCCGGGGAGAAGUACCUGGACUGCCAGGACAGGCAGCUGACCUUUGUGAGGCAGGACUGGCCCAAAGACAUCCAACAUCUUCUGCUGGCCAGAAAUAAGAUUCAGAUUUUACGGGAUAACAUGUUCGAGCAGUUCACCCAGCUGAAGAGCCUGGACCUUCAGCAGAACGUCAUCUCGGUGAUCGAAGACGACGCGUUCAGCGGCCUCUCCCAGCUCACAACCCUCCUCCUCCAGCACAACCGCAUCAGGUCGGCCUCGGAGGAAGUCCUCCUUCCGCUCCCCCGCCUCACCUACCUCCGGAUUUUUGACAACCCCUGGAGCUGCCGCUGCCCGCUCGACAGCCUGGUCAGGACCCUGCAGGUGCCCAGCAAUCGAAACCUGGGCAACUACGCCAGGUGUGCCGAGCCUCGCUCUCUGAAGGGCCAGAAGCUAAAAAAGCUGAAGGCGGACUUCCUGUGUGCCGAGGACAACAGGCCGGAGAAACCCCAGCCAGGACGUCCCAUAGUUCGGACAGACGCCGUGUCCAUUUGUCAUCUCAAAUAUCCCAGGCUCCUGCUGGACUGCACACACAAAGAUCUGAAUCAAAUUCCACCGGAGCUGCCGUUGGAAAUAGUGGGGAUGGACAUGUCCAAUAACAUCAUCACACAUCUCAGGCCCAAACAAUUCCUGCUGUCUAAAGAACUCAAGCUGCUCAACCUCAGCAGCAACAACCUGCAACACAUAGACACAGCUGCUUUUGCAGGCCUGCUGUACCUCCGUGAUCUCGACCUGUCCAACAACAGCCUUCAUUACUUCCAGUACGGCGUGCUGGAGGACCUGUACUUCCUACGGAGGCUGACGCUGGACAACAACCCGUGGAUCUGCGACUACAACAUCCACUACUUGGUCUACUGGCUCAAGCACCACCCUAGCGUCUCGUACACGGGCCUGGUCUGCUCGCAGCCGCUGGAGUUCAGGGGCUGGCAAGUGGAAGACUACGUCAAAACCUACAACGGGGAAUGUCCUGUGGAUAAACCGACGGAGGGGAACGACACUGGGCAGGAAGGACAAGGAGGGUCAGAGAAUGAGGCGAUUGGGGAUAUGGGCGAGGGACAAGGGCAGCUUCUACCCCAACCCAUAAAGGAGAAGAAGGAGAAUGGUUUUGAGAUCAUCAGGCUGAGCUAAAAUUGAACCGGUGUGGUUAUACGCUGAGAGAAAUUUUAACAUGACGAUUGACAUGCAGGUCAGAGGUCAACAUAGAUUAAUAAAGUGGGAUUGGGUGAUUAAAUGUUUGAGGAAAAAGUAAUGUGAAGUACAACAAUGGGGUAAAAUCAUUCGUAAGCAACAUCCUUUUUAAGUAGCGGAAAACUCAUGCAGGAGGUUAACAUUUUAUUUUUAACGUUCAUCUGUUUCACUGUCAAGUUGUUAUGUUUUUCAAGGCAUUGAUAAGGAGACCUAAAUUUCUAUUUAUCUUAUUCCAAAUUCAGUCUGUUUAGGUUGCAAAACCCUAGUCUGAAGCUACUCUCUUUUUUUCUUUUACAGUAACUUUGGGCUCGGGAUAUGUACUUUUUUUGGUUUUUGUUUAUUUUACCAUUUGUUUUUUUUUUGUUUUUUUUCCACAUUAAUGUCUGUCAUUUUCUGCCUGUUUUCUGGAAAUAA